AUUAUUCUUUGCUCUCAUUUUAGUGUUUCACUUUCACGUUUCAGCUUUCCCGCUCUCUCUCUCUCUCUACCCCACUCUGUCACUCUCAAAGUAAAACUUCUUUCUCAAUGAAGGGUCUAUAGCUAGCCUUACAUUCUUUAGCACAUUUUCUUUUCCUAAUCUUAGACCACUCAGCUAUUCAGCAUAUUUAUCCAUUUUUGAGAUACAUGACACCUUGCUUCUUUACAGCAGAAAAAAAAGAAAUAUAGUUUUGUUUCUUUUCGCAUUUUUUUUUUCUUUAAGGUGGCAAGCUGCAUAAUAUGCAGAUCCUGAUGAAUUGAUGGUGAUCCCAGAAAAUUAAGUAGAGAUGAAUACAAGAAUUAGCAAUACUGUUAAUUCCAAGAAACCAGCUUCUUUGCGCCAACAGAAUGGAAGCAAGUGGCAAACUGCAGAGAAAGCCAUGGCGAGUAGACGCCGGUCAGCAAGAGAGAGAAAGUUGGCAUUAUUACAAGAUGUUGAGAAUCUUAAGAAGAAGUUGAGACAUGAAGAGAAUGUGCACAGAGCCUUGCAGAGAGCUUUCAAUAGGCCGUUGGGCGCUCUGCCUCGUCUUCCUCCUUAUCUCCCUCAAUAUACUCUGGAGCUUCUAGCUGAAGUGGCAGUGUUGGAAGAGGAGGUUGUUAGGCUUGAAGAGAAGGUUGUUAACUUCAGACAAGGUCUAUAUCAAGAAGCUGCUCACAUAUCUUCAAGAAGAAGUUGGGAGGAUUCAACACUCGACUUGUCAAUGAGAAGAAGCUCCAAACAGAAACAUUCAAGGGCUUCCUCCCAAAGUGAAGUCGAUUCAGGUUCAUCGGUGCUCUGUGUUUCUAGGAUUUCUUCAUCUAGAAAGUUCGUGUCUUUGGACACUGCAUCAGAUGGAUUAAGAAAACUGCCUCAAAACGAGCACAAUUUGAUAUCAGACAAUCAAGCAGACAAGGAUAGUGAAUCUCUUUCUGUGAAAAAGCUUUCUCCAAAAAUGCAGUGUAGGGUUGUAGAGCAAGCGCAAGAGAGCUCCUCCAGGUCCACGGAUGACAGAGGCAUAGACGUUGAGAGUGAGGUGAAUAGAAUGUCGCAGGAUAUCUUGAACUGCCUGAUCAGCAUCUUUGUAAGAAUGAGUUCAUCAAGGAGGAAGACGAUGGAGCUCUCUUCGUUGGCGCCCAAGGCAUUAUUAUGUGAGAAGGAUGUGGCCGAAUCAAGCUUUCGAGAUCCUUACUUCAACUCCUCUGAGCUGAAGAGGCGAGACAUUGGCGUCUACAAACAUGUUCAUGUGAUAGAAGCUAAUCAAGUUGAUCUCAACCGCAGAUGCAGUGCUUCAUUUCUGAUGCGUAGGCUUAGGAUUCUCCUAGACAAGUUAGCGUGUUUGAAGUUGGAGGGUCUGAGUCAUCAGCAGAAACUUGCGUUUUGGAUUAACAUCUAUAAUUCAUGUGUUAUGAAUGCAUUCUUGAAGCAUGGAAUACCCGAGAGUCCAGACAUGAUCAUGGCACAAAUGCAAAAGGCAACGAUAAAUGUUGGGGGAUAUGUGCUAAAUGCAGUUACGAUCGAGCACCUUAUCUUGAGACUUCCAUAUCACUUAAAAUAUACGUGCACAAAAUCGAGCAUGAAUAAUGAAAAGGAGAUUUGCAAGGCGUUUGGCUUAGAGUGGUCAGAACCAUUAGUCACAUUUGCACUCUCCUGCGGUUGCUGGUCUUGCCCUGCUUUGAGGGUGUACUCUGCAUCCCGAAUCGAGAGUGAGUUGGAAGCAGCAAAAAGGGCAUACCUACAAGCAGCAGUGGGCAUAUCAGCAGCAUCGAACAAGUUAGUAGUUCCCAAACUAUUGGAUUGGUAUCUUCUCGACUUUGCAAAGGAGAUGGAGGCAUUGCUGGAUUGGAUUUGCCUGCAGCUGCCAGAUGAGCUCAAAAGCGAAGCAGUCAAAUGCCUUGACAGAAAAGAUAAAGAGACUCUAUCAAAUUUAAUUGAGGUGAAGCCAUACAAUUUUAGUUUCAGAUACCUUGUAUAUCGAUGAAAUGGUUCAUGCAUUGUUAGGAACUUGGAGUUUAUGCUUAGAGAAUACAGGAUUGUAUAUUGAAGCAUGAAGAAUAAUAUUACUACAACAUUAUGACAAUAAUCCAACCUCUUUUAUGUUAUUU